GUUAAGUUAAACAAGGUAUACAAAAUUGGAGUGAGUCUAUACGAAGAUAUUUAAGUAAAUAUCUUGAAUAAAUCGAUGAAAAUUAUCAAUAACGUGUUUACAGUAUCUAAUUAAAAUAUAUCACAGAUAUGUUUAUAAUAACCUAAUUCUGUAAGCGCAAUAACGUAUGACAUAAAGUAAUUAUGUCAUCGAGUUUAUAAUUUAAUCUGAAAGUUGAAGCUAUGAAUUUAUUACCGAAAACUCAUGAAGAAUUUAGCCAAGUCGAGUAUUGGAAUACGUUUUUCAAGAAACGUGGUAAAAAACAUUUCGAAUGGUACGGAGAGUACUCAGAAUUAUGCGGUAUACUCUUGAAAUACAUAAAAAUAAAAGAUAAUAUUUUAAUCGUUGGCUGUGGCAACUCUACAGUUAGCAUGUGUUUAUACGAUGUUGGUUACAGAAAUAUUAUUAAUAUCGAUAUAUCGCAUAUUGUUAUUAAACAAAUGCGUGAUAUUAAUGCAUCCGUGAGGUCAGAUUUAAUUUACACGCAAAUGGAUGCUACUCAAAUGACGUAUCCAAAUGAUACGUUUAGCGUUAUCUUGGAUAAAGGUACUUUGGAUGCUCUGAUGCCAGAUACUAAGGAAGGAACGAUACUUACAGUUAAUAGAUACUUCAAGGAAAUCACGAGAGUUUUGCGAAACGGCGGUAGAUAUAUCUGCAUCUCUUUACUACAAGAACACAUUCUAAGAGAGCUUCUAUCUUAUUUUCCAAGCGCUGGAUUUAUGUUUCGUAUAGUACGUUGUCACGAGGCAGAAGCGAAAGCACGAAUCGAAGAAGGAAGCUUGAUACCAAUUUUCGUGGUGAUUGCUACGAAAUUUACGACUUUAUCACAAACUGUUCUGGAAAUAGCGUUAAUCGAUGGUCCUCCAAAGCGACUGUCGUUAACGAAUGAAGUGAUAUCUGCUGUAUUGUCGGCGCAACAGUCGGCGUUAAUAUGCAACAGUUUACAAAAACGCAGUGUAGCCGACAUUGGAGAGAUAUCAUUAGAUUUACAUCGUCCUGACGAUAAGCAUCCGCGCUAUACAAUUUACGUUUUAGACAGGCCUAAAAUACAUGGGACGAAAACAUACGCGGCGUUUAUAGUGCCGCAAGGGAAAGAAACAGAUUGGCUGUUCAGCACGAAAGAAGGAAGACAACAACUUCUUAAAAGCGUCCAACGGGAUAGGCUUGCAAUCGUUACGUUGCGCAGGGAACACAAAUUUGAAAGCUGGGAUGCUGUGAAAAGCGAACUUGAGGAUUGCAUUUUGAAUUUAGCGCCAGAAGGUUUGUCCGGUAAAAAUGAUAUUCCAUUUUUAUCGUUAGGUUCGGACGUAGGUGUAAGAAUCACGUGCUAUGAAGGGAAAAGUGAUCUCAGCGGCCCUUUCGUUGUCGAGGAGGUCGAAAGAGACGGUUACGAGUUCAGGAGACUGGUAUUUUUAAACAAUCCGUACGUCAUCCAGAGCGAAGCUCGUCUUAAACAAGCUAAAUCAAGACGUGGCAAAAUGAAAAAAGUUAUCGACCCUGGUUUCUUAGCCUGCGAUCAUCAUUUGUAUAUGAGCAUUGGCGUCAGCGCCGCGAUAAACACCAAAGAAUCUGAUGAAAUCAUAAUCGUGGGAUUGGGCGGAGGAAGUCUAUGCACAUUUCUGUACAAUUGCUUUCCUAAACUGAAAAUUAUCGCGGUGGACAUCGACGAAAUGAUGCUGAAGAUCGCUAUCGACUAUUUUGGCCUGAUUCUUGAUAACAGAAUGAGGGUUGAUAUCGCAGAUGGAAUUCGAUUCAUCAAAGACAGUGUAGCGAGCGGUCAGAAAUACAAAGCUAUACUUUUCGACGUGGAUAGUAAAGACACUACUGUCGGGAUAAGCUGCCCACCGAAACAAUUUUUAGAAAUGUCUAUUAUAAAGUCGGUUUCCGAGUGUUUAAUGGACGGGGGGCUUUUUAUCUUGAAUCUAGUCAGCCGGGAUGAGAGUAUCAAGAAAAAAGUGAAAAACGAUUUGAAGUCUGUAUUCAAACAUAUAGCGUGCUAUUUCGUGCAAGACGAAGUAAACGAAAUUAUGAUAUGUUCUAUAAACGAGCAUGGUUCUACCGAAUGGAAGAACAAAUUGAAAGCUGCCGCAACGAACUUGAACGAACAAGUGUCUGCAAGAAAAUUAUUAAGUACCGCGGAUAUAUUUGAUUUGUCAUCUUUUAUGGAAAAUUUGUUCGUGGAGCCUUAAUUAAAAAUUGGCCUAUAUAAGAUCAAGCGUCGUAUAAAUAUCGAUUGGCCAUUAAAGAUCAUUUUUCUGGCUACGAAUCGCGUCAGGAAUGAUUUCUACUUUCGUAUGCCAGCUUAUUCCAUUUUUUAAUUCUGAGAGCGGAUGAUCAGCCAA